ACAAUUGUGAUAGGUGGAGUUAUCUGUCGUCGCAUAUUGGAACAGUACUAGCAAUUCAAGAACAUGUGUUCAAUAAGUAACUGUUAAACAUUUCAUCGAACAAAAUGUACAGUAACAUUGAUCUUUGCUUGGGUGCAAUGGCAAACGCAUCUAACAUCAGUGAACUGUUGUGCUGGGGCGUGAAUGGAACAUACGACGUUUAUUUGAAUUUUGGAGAUACUAUUAACAGAAAUAAUACGUCGCAAACUUUAUUGGACGAAUUAAACGAUCGAGACGCAGCCACGCUUUUACCAUUAACUAUACUCCUCGGUGUGUUUGGAAUAGUUGGAAUAGUUGGGAAUAUAUUUGUGUUCAUCGUAUAUGGUUGCGGCAAGGAAUUUAAGGACAGAAAAUUCAGGUACUUUGUGUUAUCCUUGGCUUGUAUAAACUUUCUGACUUGCUUAACAUUAAUACCAGCCGAAAUUCUUAAGCACCGGAAUUAUUUCAAUUUUACGGAACGUUACUUUUGCAAGAUAAAAUGCUCCAUGAAUGUAUUCGCGGCCUCCGGGGCCUCAUAUUGCAUGACGCUGGUGGCCGUUGACAGGUACAUAUUAACCUGUCGUCCCGUGUUAUGUAACAAAGUGCCUAAGGUUUCAAAUGACUGGGCCAGGCGUCUGUGUUUAAUAAUGUUACUGAUGGCUGUUCUAACUUCAAUACCCGCGGCGGUGUUAUGUGGAAUAACGUCUGAUGUUAUUACUGACGUUCGCGGAUACCUUGCCGCUGACAUAUACGCUUGUGAAAUUGAACCGUAUUUUGAGGACGGGAUAGCACGUUAUGUAUACAGGAUAAGUCUAUGUGCCAUACAGAUUCUUGUUAGCUUGGUGAUGAUAGUCUUGUACGCGAAAAUUGGCCACACGGUAUCCCGAGCCAUGCAUAUCCGUGAAGACACGGACCAAGAGAUUAUCGAGAUGUACGACUACCGCGCCCACGUUGGGCCACGACCCAGGGCUAGUAGACACCAGCUCGUAGCGCCUGCGUACGGACAGAACAAUGAUGAAUACCACCACCAUCAUCAUCAUCACCACCACCACAUUCCGAACAAUAUUAAACUGUUAUUUAUUGUCACUAUUGUGUUUAUUGCGACGUAUUUGAUAUACUUAUCGCUCUCCUGGAUAGAUCAGAAACACUUGUCACAGACUCAGUUCUUGGUAUUUUCCAUGUUUUAUAGGAGUUACUUUGUUCACAGUAUCAUAAACCCAAUACUCUAUCUGAAAAUGGAUAAACAUUUCAGGGAACGAUGUAGGAGUUUUAUGAAGAAACUUUUCUGUAUUGAAACAUUUAGAACAUUAUGUCACAAAUAUUAA